CGCUCUGCAGCGCCCUCUAGCGAGCCGAAGCGCGAAGGAAGUGACCGCGCGGCUGCCUGCGCCACACCAUUUGCACCGCGAUCCUAGAGAAAAGCGGAGCCCGGAGAAAGGCUGGUUCACCAUGAUCAUCCCUGUACGAUGCUUCACUUGUGGCAAAGUUGUGGGGAACAAAUGGGAAGCAUACCUGGGCCUCUUGCAGGCCGAAUACACAGAAGGAGAUGCCUUGGACGCUCUUGGUCUGAAGCGCUACUGUUGUCGUCGGAUGCUUCUAUCCCACGUGGAUUUGAUUGAGAAGCUGCUGAACUAUGCACCCUUGGAGAAGUAGCAUUAGUAAACCUGAACCGUGCCCAUUGGAAAUGGGCUAUAAACAUGUGCACCCCUUAGCUUGUGCUAAAAUGGACACCACCUACCGGAUGGCUAACAUCAGCAGUAGAAAAAGUUCACUUCAGUGAUGCAUAAUAAAAAAAAAAUACCAUGUGCGUGAAAUUGU